UAUGAAUUCUUUUCUUUAGACGCGAACACAGCCACAAAAACCUGAGUCAGCUGGAUUACUCAGGCAUGAUACUUUCACCAUUGGUAGAUCAGCUGACUCUAAGAGACCAAUCAUUCAUCAGCCUGUUAAUCGAGAAAUCUCAACCCAGACACCGUUUUAUGGCAUUGAUUUGAGGGCAGCCAGAUCUAUAGACUCCAGCGAGCCCCCAAGAGCUCGUCCAAGUGCAUUGGUUUGGUCAGAACUUAGACGUCAGAGGGAACUUCACGAGGAAAAGCUGAAGAAACGAAAGCAGAAGUUUUUGGAAAAACGAAAGAAGGCUGGCCUGGACGAUGUUUCGGAAGGUGGAACAUACUCUGUGAGGAGCGGCAGAAGUGGAGACAUAGAUGAAGGGUUUGGUGUGAGCAUGAUGAGUGCUGAUAUCACCACAGCUACGUGGGGAGGUUCUACCCAGCCCAGCAGUACACAGAACGACUCAGCAGUGUCAGCAGAUGAGUCGGAUGAGGAGAACCAAGGAGCAGAGAUCGCAGUGGAGGUAGAAGAUGAUUAUCCUGAUGGAAUAGUUCAAGCAGAAGAGGAAGAAGAAGAGCGUCUUGAACCAGAAGCUUUCUCUGGAGGAGCUCAGGCAGUGUUCAGGAGUAGAGAAAGAGUGCCUCGUAUGACAGCCUUCAGAGGCAGUGUAGACAGCGCCUCACAGCCUAGUAGCGGCAAGAAACGCAAGCUUGAUGGAAGCGCCCUAUCAGGUGGGGCCCGAAAAAGGGAACGAGAAAGAGGACUUACAUUUGAAGACUGGCCUAGAACAUUCUACUUUGAUAGGAAUUCAAGAGGAAGAAUCAGACAAGAAAACUUUACACCAGCUGAGCAGCUUAUCAAGGAACGGGAACAGGAACAGUUUAACAUGGAACGCCAAGCAUGGGAGCAGCACUGCGAGCGUCUUCACCAGGAAGUCACCACCCUCACCACCCUGUGCAAUGGGCUCCUCAGAGAUCAACAAAUGCUGGUGUCCACAGUGAUUGGCAGAAAUGUUCCCAGCGGGCCUGCUUCAGGUCCCGGUUUUCAGAACUUUCCUAGCCCAGUACCAGGUCUGGGUGGGAAUCCAUUCGAGCAGUAUCAACAGAGGCAACAAGAAGCCUACCAAGGACUCCAGAGUUUCUUCGAUCAACAGCGCUACAUGCAGCAGCAACAUCAGAUUCUUCAAAGCCUUAAUCAGUGCUAUGCACAGCUUCAGCAACAACACCAAGACAUGGCGACCCUUCAGCAACAAUUCCAGCAGCUGUUUUCUUACAAUCCUUCCGCUCUUGGUGAUAGCAAUCCGUCCCCACAUAGACCCCAGUCUGCGACUCCAAGCGUUAUCAACAACACAUCUCCAUCGUUUAUGAGUCUGCCGUCCCACAGUGUAUUGCAGCCACCUUUCUCAGCUCCUCUGUUUAGUCAGGCCCCUUUUACGAGUACAUAUCAGCCACCUUCAUCAGCUCCAAUGUUUAGAACUGCUUGGCAUCCUCAGUUCGGCCAGCAGCCAGCAGCAGCUAACGAGCCUCCUCAAUCAAGCGAGCAAGCAUCUGGCAACAGAACAAAGCCAACUCAAGAGUCUUUCAGUGUAAACCCAGACACAGGCAUACCAAGUCCAAGAUCUACUGCUCAUCAUGGGCAUCCUGUUGAACCUGCGCCUCCCCCUACCUCAUCAGGAAUAGCCAACCCAGUAAUGGUGGUUCGGGAGGUUGGCCCUAGUGUGAUAGGAGUGGGUCUGUCUCCCGGUAACAUCAGGCAGGAACGAAAAUACGAUCCCAAUUCAUACCAAGAACUGGCAUCCACAAGUGCAAAUGCAACUAAAACAGACAGCAGCGCGGAUGUGAUCGGUCGCACGUUUAACACACCUCUGAGGGCGUCAGCUGUAGCCAACCUUGCACGGAAGGAUAAAUCAGCACAGAAGAGCGCAGCGGUUAAUUUGGCACAGAAGCUCGCAGCUGAAUCAGUGGAAACGUCUUCAAGAGCGUCCAGUGUACCGGGAGACGCGCAUGAUGUGGCAAGAGGCUCUUGGCAAGAAGCAGAUAGAGCCUCAGAAGCUGGAAGUGAGUUUUCGCUUUUUGAGGCACUCAGAGAUUCCAUCUAUUCCGAAGUUGCAACCCUCAUUUCUUUAAAUGAGUCCAGGCCACAUUUUCUGCUCGAGUUGUUCAGGGAACUGCAGCUGUUGACUUCAGACUACCUGAGGCAGCGCGCCCUGUAUGCGUUACAGGACCUGGUGACGAGAUUUUUAACGGAGGAUUCCGUCGGUGCAGAAGGAGCGCCUCUGCAACAGGCACGAUUCCAGGAAUGGUUGAACUCUAACUCUGAACUGACUCCAAGUGAAACAGUGGAGACAUUUGAAGACGACGAGUCAGAGACCAGGGAGGGCGCGGUUCCUGCAGAAACCGUCACGGAAGGAAUCUAUGACUAUGUAGAGAAUGUGGAGUCUGGAAGCACCCUGUCCACUCCUACAUCCAGUCACACGGGGGAGGCACCAUUCGCCUCUGAAGGCCUGGGAGACACUGUUAUACACCUCGACAAGGCGCUGAGCAGGAUGCGGGAGUAUGAAAGACUGAGAACUGAAGGGAAACUGGGUGAAUUGAUGACCGGUCCUUCCGUGUUAAAGGACAAGAUCGUCAAAGAUGACGUCACCACAAGCUCUGCUGGUGACGUGGGGAGCGAAUCCUCCAUAUCAGAUGUGCAGUACCCAAGGAUUGACACUCAAGCCCUGGAUCAUCUUAUCAAGUCCAUCAUGUCGGAAGUGAUUCCUUAUCUGAAUGAACACAUGGAAGAUAACUGCACUUCUGAGCUGCUUGGUUACAUCAGAAACCUCGUGUUAUCAAGGAUUCAAGUCAAUGAAGACCAGGAAUUUGGCAGAUUCUUCCAUAAACAGCUGGCUUCCAUUCUCCAGGACUCACUCUCUAGAUUCACAGAUAGAAAAAUGAAAGACUGUGGAGAGGAUAUGCUGGUAGACAUGUCCGAGAUUCUGUUCAACGAGCUGGCGUUUUUUAGACUCAUGCAGGACUUGGACGGUCGAGGAACAAGUCAGAGACCAACUUGGAGACAGGGAUUUGAUUCUGCCAGCACUGACACUGGGACAGGUCAGGACGGAGACAAAGAAGAUGGCGAUGAUACGGAGGAGAAGGACGAGAAUCCCCGCGAAGACAGUGCUGUGGAGGAAGAAGGAGUCGGCGCUGCUGAUGAACCUGAGGAGGCAGAAGGUGAAAAAGUGGAGGAAGAUGAGGGAGAUGAAGAAGAUGAAGAAAGCAGCGAGGAGUCCUCUUCAUCAGAAGAGUCAGGAGCUGAAGACGAGGGUGCAGAUGACGAAGGACCAGAAGAUGAAGAGGGUGAGGAAGGUGGAGCUGCCUUGCCAAUCUCCAAAGAGCAGCAAGAAGCUGAGGAGGAAGAUCUGGGAAAGGCAAGAGAUGACGUAAUGGCAAGUCAGUUUGAAGAAAGAACGUCAAGUUUACAAGAUAAUAGCAUCCUAGAUUCUCCACAGAAUUGCGUAAAGUUGGAGCUGUCAGCAAGUGAAUCAAAGCCUUUUUCAAGUUUUGGAAGUGGAGAAGAAGACGGAGAGGAGUCGUUUGAUGACUCUGAUGCCAGGCGGAAGCUAGAGGAAUAUCAAGGAAGUACAGCAGCGGCAGCAUCCGCCAACAGAGACCGUGGAAACAACAGAGACGGGCCCAGCGACAGCGACGAUAACGGUGCACCCCAGGAUGAGCAGCGGCAGGCCGUGGAGGCUGCGGCUGAAGCAGCUGCUGCAGCAGGAAUAUCUGGGUAUUUGCAAAACGGACAGAUCGCCAAUGGUCAAGAUGACAACGAAGUUAUUCUGGAUGACCUUCCUACCAAACUUACUGGAUUAACGGAGGCAGACUUGCAGGCUCGAAUUGCAGAAGAGCAAAGCCGGACAGAAGGAUCCUCAGGUGUCCUCGCUCAUCUAGACGGAUUUCCAGGUAUGGUAUCACCAAGAAACCUCCUGGGCGAGCUUCCGACUCUUUUGCCAACUUUUGGCGGACUGUUUUGUUAAAUGUUCGUGAUGUUUUUCUUUCUCUGAUUACUUUUUGCUUAAGCCCUUGGCCAUCAUGUGCAACACUUGAACAAUGCAAACGUGAAUAAAUGACCAGAAUAUGAUGAUAAAGACUUUAGCAAACAGUAAUUAGAGAAGUAAGAAACUUCGUGGAACGUCUUAGACGAGUAAAUGCUGGGCUCUAUUAGUCCCUCGAAAGCGGAAAACUGCAAUAAGCCACCUUUAAUUAGAAGUCAAGUGAACAGAUUUACGCAAGUGAUAGCUAAGGACUACUGCGGGUGUUAGAGAAAAGAUAAAGCACAACACCAAAUAUCAGUGUAUCUUUUCUAUACUUUUUGGAGUGAUGUCGGUGGUGGUGUUGUCUUGCAAGUGCUCGCGAGCUUUUCUUCCCGUUCAACACAAGAUCCCCUGCGAAACUGAUCAAUAAGAAAAACAGCUACACUCCUUCUUAUCUCGCCUUUCCCUCGUUUCUUCCCCCCUCUCCUCCCUCCCUCUUUUCCUGUCCCUUUUUCCGUUUCA